AUGGAUCGCAUCAAUUUAAACUACCAGAUCAAGUUAAACGUAAACGUAAUUACAUGUUUGUCUUUUAUCGAUAACAUGGAGUUCCUUGUUGACUUACGCAUAAAACACAGCAAGCUUGAGAAGUUGUGGGACGGAAACAAAUCGCUUCGAAAUCUGAUGUGGAUGAAUUUGAGUUAUUCAGAAAAUCUGCAAGAGCUCGCUUCCUCUAUUGAGAAUGCAACUAAUCUUCAAGAUUUGAACCUUAGUAGAUGCUCAAGUUUGAUGGAGCUCCUUUUUUCUAUUGGGAAUGCAACGAAUCUCUACAAAUUAAUUCUCCGGGGAAGUUCAAGUCUGGUAAAACUUCCUUCCUUAAUUGGAAAUACAACUAAUCUCCAAAAAUUGAAUCUUAGUGGAUGCUCAAAUCAGAUGGAGCUCUCUUAUUCUAUUGGAAAUGCAACUAAUCUUCAAUAUUUAGAUCUUAGUGGAUGUUCAAGUCUUGUGGAGCUCCCUUUAUCUAUUGGAAAUGCAACUUAUCUCCAAUGUUUGGAUCUUAGUGAAUGUUCAAGUCUGAUGGAGCUCCCUUCUUCUAUUGGGAAUGCAUUGAAUCUCCUCUAUUUGAAUCUCAGGGGAUGUUCAAGUCUGGUGAAGAUCUCUUUUUAUAUUGGGAAUGUAACUAAUCUUCAAAUUUUGGAUCUCAGUAAAUGCUCAAGUCUGGUUAAACUCCCUUCUUCUUUUGGGAAUGCAAUGAAUCUCCAAAAUAUGAAUCUCAAGGAAUGUUCAAAUCUGGUGGAGCUCACUUUUUUUAUUGGGAAUGCAACUAAUCUUCAAAAUUUAGAUCUCAAUAAAUGA